AUGGCGCCAACCGGACUGUUGGACUCCUUCCUGGCCGCUGUCCAAGCGAGUCUCUCAGUCCUGCUUGUCAUAUCCUACGGCGGCAUUGCAGCUCAUUUGAAUCUUUUAAACCCUGAUAACACCAAGGCAAUCUCUAAAAUAUGCGUGCGCAUGUUCCUACCCGCACUUCUCAUCGUGCAGAUCGGGUCGGAAUUGCACGCCGGUGCUGCAAAGCGAUAUCUGAUUAUUUUCAUUUGGGCGCUCCUGUGCCAUUUUAUCUCAUUCUUGAUUGGCACUUUCGCACAUCUGGUGUUUGGAAUGCCAGACUGGACAACGGUCGCCUUGAUGUUCAAUAACACAACCAGCUACCCGCUGCUACUAGUGGCCGCUUUGAAUGAUACUGGUAUUCUCAAGUCGCUCAUCAUUACCGACGAAACUACCCGAGCAGCGGUGGAACGCGCCAAAUCGUACUUUCUGGUAUUCGCCACGGUCUCCAGCUGUCUCACAUUCGCAGUCGGGCCCAGACUUAUCGACUCCGAACAUGCGGCCGAAGAAACCAAAGACCACGUCUCUGAGGAGGGCGAUGACUUUGAUGACGCCGGUUCACCCCUUGACGCCAACGAGGAGACUGGUCUUCUGAAUCAGCGAGCAUCAGCGGUGCAAUUUGCGGAUCCCUUUGCACAAAAUUCGUUCUUCCCAUCCAAGAGGAGAAAACCUACAUCAAGAGUGCAACCAGUACAGAAUCGGAGAGCGUCCAUGGUGCCUCGCAAGCACUGGACAAGGUUGGGCCCGCGAGCGAAAUGGUGGCUUCUCUUCAUCUCGGAUUUCUUCAAUGCUCCACUCUUGGGUGCUGCAAUUGGCACCGUCAUUGGUCUGAUACCUUCCCUUCACCGUGCAUUCUUCAGCAGUACCCAGGAAGGCGGUAUCUUCACCGCGUGGCUCACAUCAUCUCUGAAAAGCAUCGGCGGUCUUUUCGUCCCGCUCCCAGUGGUCGUUGCCGGGGUGUCUCUAUACACCUCAUGGCAAGAAGCGAGAAAGUCGAGCGACAACAGAACCUUACCGUGGAUGACCGUAUCAUUUAUUCUAGCUGUGCGCUUCAUAGUGUGGCCAGUGGCAUCGAUUGCGCUUGUCUACGCCUGCGCAACGAUGACCACCAUACUCGGGGAAGACCCUAUGUUGUGGUUUACCAUGAUGCUGAUGCCCACUGGCCCGCCUGCCAUGAAGCUUAUUACGCUCAUUCAAGUGAGCGAUGCCGAAGAAGAGGAUGAGAAAAAUAUUGCAGAACUGUUGACCAUAUCUUAUCUCAUCUCGCCAAUUCUCUCUUUCACGGUCGUUGCCAGUUUGCGAGCAGCUCAAACUGCAAUUUAG